GAUAGAGCAAUAGUUUUUUGAUCUUGCUCACGAGGACUUCUUUCGCACCUCAUUAUGAUCUGACAUUGAAUUUUUCUUAAGUAAAAAGGGUUUUGGAGUGCUCUAGUAAUGGGUAGCAAGGUGUCUUGUACGCCUCGAGAGCUCAUAUUGAUCUGUGAAGACCGAAAAGGUGCAUUCAGUUUCCCAACCAACAAUGAAGAUGAAGUCUAUGACCGUGUGUUCGUUGGAGGACGCCAGACAGCCACAGACAAGGAUAAACUAAAAGCUUUAGGUAUCACCCAUGUUUUGAAUUGUGCCCAAGGGAUUGAGGUCUUCAAUGUAGAUACAGAUCAAAGAUAUUAUCAGGAUGUCAACAUCAAGUACUGUGGCCUUCCAGUGAAUGAUGAACCUGAAGCAAACAUCAAGAAACAUUUUAAAGAAGCAGUCAGCUUCAUUGAUCAAGCCCUCAAACAAGAAAAUGGCAAGGUUCUUGUCCAUUGUGUAGCUGGUUUCAGUCGGUCAGCGACGGUGGCCAUAGCGUACCUCAUGAUCAGACGAGGAAUGACCGCUCAGGAAGCCACAAGGACUGUCCGAAGGAAACGACCCAUCGGACCGAAUGAAGGUUUCUUAAAACAAUUAUGUCAGCUUAACACAAAGCUGUAUCCACUUUAGAUGUAAGAGGAAAUCUGUCAUUUUUUUAUUCACUUUUGUAAUAUUAAAUGGGGAAAAAGAUGGUCAGACAGCAACUUGCAAGUCAUGUGUAUAUGAAGUGGCAUGUAUUCUGAAAUCAGAUUUCGUAAGCAUGGUCGAAAGUUGGAUUGCCAAUCAUGCCAAAAGUCUUAAAGAGAAGAAAUUCAAAUUCGCAAUAGCAGCAUAUUUGGUGCUUAAUUCAUUCAUCACUGUCUGGAGAUGUUAACUAAAAUUUUAAAUGACCGUCCUAGAUGGGACGUAUUAGGGUAUCACGAUCGAUGUCCGUCCAUCUGUUACUUCAGUUUAACUUAACCUAGGCUGCCUGAUGUAUGAUACUAGCAUGAAUCCCAGGAAGCAUAUCAAUUUUUAGGCCAAAAGGUCAAAGGUCAAGGCCACAGUGACAUCUAUGGAAAGAUAUUGGAGAAAAUGCGCUGUUAAAUUUCAUUGAGGCCUGUGUAAAUGACAAGCGCACAUUGCCAAUUUACAGCAAUUGAUACUAUUGUAACAUGCUUCCUUUUGCCAAAGUACAAUAGAAUGUUUUGUUGUCCUUUACAAAUAAAAAUCAUGGAAAAAAACAAUUUAUAUUUUACAUCAUAGUAUAGCAAGCCCAUUAUGAUAAAGCGAUUAUGACAAAGUGAUUUAAAAUGACAAAGAAAUCUCAAGAAAUUUGAACAUUUCUUCAGUAGACGUUAUUAUCGACAAUAACUUGGGAAUUUUGUGCAAAUACCUUGCCUUCUAAUAUGCUGUCUUGCCUUGGGAUUCCAACCAGUGGGGGGGGACUAUUAUCAGCCCCACCCCUUCGUGAACUGACUACAAUUAACAUACUCAGGGAGCAUUUCAUAGAAAAUUUUGUCCUUGAUUUUGAUUGGCUAAGACCAAGAAGUACUGUUGCUAUGGUAACUCAGAUAAAACAUGACUUGUCAGAUGUAACGUCCAGCAAGUCAUCAUUUUAUGCUCUCCUGGAAUGUGUUUCAUAAACUGUUCAUAAGCUAGGCACAAGUUUACACACAACUGGGUCCCUCCUUACAAACAGUUACGAUCGAUCCGAUCAACCACCACUAUGGAAAGCCAGCAACGCCAUCAUCUAAAAAUGCAAAGUUCUGUUAAAAACAUUUUUCUUAAAGCCUGUGUAUAGCUUUGGUUAAGGGUCAAUAAUGUGAUUGAUAAU